AUGGACCAAGGGCAUGAAAGCAAGCGGCCGCGCCUCUCGACUGGUCCUCCCUCGUGGCCAGCGGGGCCAUCACAUCAUGGUCAUGGUGUCUCGCUGCCGCAUCCCGGGCCACCUUUAUCUGCUGCCCACCAUCCACACCCACCAUCUCUUCCUCCUCCUACCUCUUCUCAGUACUCGCCCUCACCGCAUCUCUCCCACCCACCCCAUACCUUCCCUCACCGUCCUCAAGAACUGCACGCGCCUCACCAGCCGCCGCCGCCGCCGCCGCAGCAGCAGCAGCACUUUGAGGACCGUCGACAACAUGAGUCUGAGAGGUACUCUCACAUCCAGGACACCCACCACCAGCCUCCUCCCUCUCCAGCGCAUCAGCAGUACCCCACGCCCGGAUAUCAGCCUGCAAACAGAGAGUCUAUGGUGAAGAGAGAAUCCGACGACGUCACGCUGCCCCAGCUACGCAGGCCCAACUCCACCGGCAACGGCCCCGAGCAGACCCUCCCGCCUCCCCCUCCGCAUGUUGGCCCUCAUCCUCCGGGCCAUAUGGAGGAGAGGAGGCACAUGAGUUACGACAACGGUCCGGGGCAGAUGUACCGGCACCAGAGCUACCCUGCUCCGCCCCCCACGCCGUUGCCGCCUCAUCCUCAGCCACCACCUACCCCGUAUGACCAGAGUCCAAUGUAUCCCCCGCCGAUGGGGCCAGACGGGCCCUAUCCCAUCACUACAUACACAGCUGCGAGCAAACGAAAAUCGCAGAGGGCUUCGCAGGCAUGUGAGAGCUGUAGACAGCUCAAGGCAAAAUGUGACGAGAAUAAGCCCUGCAAGAACUGUACUGACAAAAACAUAAACUGUCAAUAUCGCGAUCCAGCCCCCAAGCAGCAAGAUAAGGCCACGCAAGAUAUACUGGAUGCCAUGAAAAGCAUGUUGCAGUCGUAUGACGAAAAAUUCACUGCUGGUCUUGGGGAAGUGAGAUCCGAAAUCCGCGAGCUCAAGGGCGUGAUCCGGAUCGGGUCUUCUCAUAGCAUGCAGGGGCCGCCAGAGCUGGACGACUACGUUAAAGAGGAACCGAGGGCAGUGACACCGCAACAGAUGGCGGAGGUCGACGAGACUCCAUCGUCCUCACCCGAAGACGCCAUUAUGAACGGUGCGCCGGACCCGCAUUCUGCAGCCAGGCGGAUGCGAGCGCUGGAGAACGAAGAGGAAAACGAGGAACCGCCCGGAAAUCCCGUCCAGCCACUACCAGCGCCAUUCCCUCACAACCACACGACUCCUGCGGGGCGACUUCUCAUGUGGCCUGCUGUCAGACAGCUUGUGAAGCCUUUACUGGACCGCGAGCACAUCAAAUACAUCGAGUCCUACCCUCAGCGAUACGAAGAAGACCGUGGCGAACUGCCCCUUUUCGGGCGUGGUGAAGGGUCGACCUCGCGUGCGGCAGACCGCGAUUUCACAUACGAGCAUGCGGACAUACCAGACGAUGCGUCAGUCGGCGAUCAUCCAUCCCCGUCGGGUGGUACCGACUGGGGUCCGAUUGGGGGUCUGUCUCCACCCGGUGGCUACCCUCCCGACUUGCGAGCCCAAGGCCGUGCCGAGGGAGUACUCGACUUUGAUCAAUCGAAGGUCCAUACUUACGUCGACGCCUACAAAAAAUACAUACAAAACAUGCACCCCUUGAUCCCUCCAAGAGACCUCGACGCCAUUAUUUAUACAUUUCUGGACGAAGUCUCGAGCAACCCCGUUGGCACCAGAAAGCACAGACAGGUCGCCGCGUUCACCAACCAUCAGGACAGGACGACUCAGCCAUCGUAUGAACACGACAAGAAGCGCAAACGCUCGCCUAUACCCAACGGUAUAGAACCUGGGCCGGCGCCAAAGAGGGCGAAGCCCCAGCGUUCUGUUCAGCAUGCGUUGGUCCUCCUCGUCCUCGCGCUGGGCAAAAUUUGCUUGUGGAGGGACCGAAAGCUGCCAGACCCGCCGGAGAAAGAGGCAGUGAAUUCAGGGUCGCCACUUGUCCGAAAUGGCAUUAUCACUUCACCGAAUCAUGGCUCUCCGCCGUCCAGCGCUAUCUCUCAGUCUCCUGGGCAGGCCGGAUUACCUUCACCAAAGGACCAGGAACGCCCAGGGGCCAGUCGACGCUCCUCGGUGCAGGCUUCUGGAGUGCAAGCACCGACAAGUGCUGCUUCUCCUGCGCCGCCAAAGAAGAACUAUGAAAUCAUCCCUGGCCUAGAGUACUUUGCCUACGCGACUGACAUUUUGGGCAAUCACUUUGGCAGUUACAAACUGAACUACAUUCAGGCCCACAUCCUUGCCUGUCUAUACUACGGACAGCUCGGGCGCGUGGUCCCGAGCUUCCGUCACAUUAGGUUUGCAUGCUCGGCAAUCAUUGACAAGCUUCAGCCAUCCAUGGACCGACUAAGCAAGAAGGUUACACGGGCGGCCGAGGCGCUUGAACACACCGGCCCAUACACUGAUCUCGAGUCAGAGAAGACUGCCGUUAUCGAUACGAAGCUCCUUGUCGCAUUCUGGUCUUGUUGUCAGUUGGAGAGUGACAUUCUCGCUGAGUUGAACCUCGUUCCUUCUGGAAUUCUUCAGUACGAGGAUAUCCUGCCUUAUCCGGAUCUCAUUGUGAUGCGAGAAAGGCUAGGCUUCUCAGAUGCAGUUGCAUUCAGCUAUGCUGCGCAACUCUACUUGCGGAAACGACUCAACCGAAUCUCCGGUUCUCUCUACGACCCUAACAAGAAGCCCGACGCUGAAAUGCAGAAGGAGAUCCUGGCCGAGAUCGAAAAGGAUCUCGGGGAAAACAGCACUCUUUGGCUAGGAGAGUACAAAUUUGACAGGAACGACCCGCCGGCCAGAGAUAUCCUGUCGGCACGUAUCAGGGCCAAGUUCUGGGGUGCUAACGUCAUCACCUACCGCCCAUCGAUCAAGACGGUGCUGGACUUUGGGCACAAGCGCCAGAAUCACUUUUCGGAAGAGUCGGAGCGAGCCAUCCCGCACGAAGACGCGGGCGGUUGGGCCACUGUGAGAAGUGAUGCGAGGAGCCCGAGUGAUAUUGACACGGUCGUUUUCGAAAACGCGAGAAAGGGCAUUGACGCUGUCAUCAAGAGUACUAUGGCUUUCCACGGUCUGGAGGACAAACGCUUCAUCAUCACGAAUGUUUUUGGAACAGCACACGCGCAAUGGGGCAAUCUCAUCACGCUCACCGCUGCUUAUCAUGACCAGCUCUUAGGAACCUUCGUCGACGAAGGCCAACUACGACAGCUUCUGAGGAAAACGAUUGAAUGGUUUGAGGUUGUGGCCCAAGACUCUAGCAGCCUUGCUGUUGACCUCCGUGUCCUCCAAGGCUUGGAGGAAAGACUACCCACCAAGGAGCAGUUAGAGCGCCUGAGGCCGACCCUUUUGCCGCCAGGCUCAGCACUUUAUGACAAUCUCGCCAUGCCGCCAUACGCAUCCAACGGACCAACACCGCACUCAGGCUCUGGCCCCAGCCCGAUUACACCUGGCGAUCUAACACAGAGCCAGCCUACUCCAAUGGAGUACUAG